AUGGGGCAGCAGUUCAGCUGGGAGGAGGCGGAGGAGGCCGGCGAGAUGGACGUGGCCGAGCUGCAGGAGUGGUACAAGAAGUUCGUGGUGGAGUGCCCGAGCGGCACCCUCUUCAUGCACGAGUUCAAGCGCUUCUUCAAGGUCACGGGCAACGAGGAGGCCACCCAGUAUGUGGAGGGCAUGUUCCGAGCCUUCGACAAGAACGGGGACAACACCAUCGACUUCCUGGAGUACGUGGCCGCCCUGAACCUCGUGCUCAGGGGCACCCUGGAGCACAAGCUGAAGUGGACCUUCAAGAUCUACGACAAGGACCGCAACGGCUGCAUCGACCGCCUGGAGCUGUUGGACAUCGUGGAGGCGAUUUACAAGCUGAAGAAAGCCUGCCGGGUGGACAUGGAGGUCGAGCAGCAAGGCGAGCUGCUCACGCCGGAGCAGGUCGUGGACAGGAUCUUCCUGCUGGUGGAUGAGAACGGAGAUGGGCAGCUGUCUCUGAACGAGUUCAUCGAAGGCGCGCGCCGCGACCCGUGGGUGAUGAAGAUGCUGCAGAUGGACGUGAACCCUGGCGGCUGGAUCUCGCAGCAGAGACGGAAAAGUGCCAUGUUCUGA